AUGUUUUGUAUAUAUAGACCUGCUCAUAUAGGAAAAAAAAAGAAAUCAUCCGAAUUUUACAAUAACGUCGCCUCUCUGGGGCAGAAGGUAGAACUGCAGACGAAACUCGACACUUCCUCGCUACGGUACGAAAAUUCAAGCGACUAUACUGGCAAAAAGCGAAUAUAUAGCGCCAAAUUGGACAAUAAUAUCUACGCGAUCUGUAAGUGGCACAAGUUUGAGCCUCAACACGGUCUUCCACCCCUCAAAGUCAAUAGACUCAAGUACGAAGACUCUCUCAAGAAGGCGGAGAUUCUCAGUCAAGAAAUACUCGUGAGUUUUAGCGCGACGGACGAUCUUGAGGAAGACCCCUGGAGAACUGGAACGGAAAUGCGCGUAUUCCUUGGGACACUAAUAUCUCUUUCUAAGAGAGAAAGAGCAACACUAUCAGGUUGGCAAGCACCUCUCCAUGUAUUGGUCGAGUCACUGUUGGACGCAUGGAGGCUUGCUGGGAACACAUCAGCAACGCCAUCCAUGGCAUGUAUUCACGCUGUCUCGCACUCAGCUACUUUCUCCGAAGCUGGAAGUUGGCGGAGAUUUUCAUGCUCCCAAAAGCGAGGAAAAGAGACAAGACAUCGGUCCAAUCUUGGGGACCAAUUGCCCUACUCUCCUACCUUUCCAAAGGGCUUGAGGGAAUAG